UUCUGCAAUAGCUAGAUUAUUCUUUUGAUGACAGGAAAUUGUUAUGCAAAAUUAAUCUCCAAAAUUAACAAUCAUGCCAAUGAACAUAACUUCCAUUAAAACCUCAUCAAAUGGGGCCUGGCAAGGAGACAAUCCCCUUAACUUUGCCUUCCCAUUAUUGAUAGUUCAAACCACCUUGAUAAUAGUAGUCAGCCGCAUUUUUGCUUUCGUCCUCAAGCCUCUCCGCCAACCAAAAGUCAUCGCUGAGAUUGUUGGUGGGAUUCUGCUGGGGCCAUCGGCUUUUGGCCGGAACAAAGGCUACUUGAACCGGAUUUUCCCUACAUGGAGCAUUCCAAUACUCGAAUCGGUAGCAAGUGUUGGCCUUCUCUUCUUUCUUUUUCUUGUUGGUCUCGAACUCGAUUUGUCAUCCAUUCGCCGCUGUGGCAAGCGUGCUUUAGGCAUAGCUUUCGCCGGAAUAUCUCUUCCUUUCGUCUGCGGUAUAGGUAUAGCCUUUGUCCUUCGAAAAACAAUUGAAGGAGAAGAUCAAGUUGGGUAUGGUCAGUUCUUAGUCUUCAUGGGAGUCGCUCUUUCCAUCACAGCUUUCCCUGUUCUAGCUCGCAUUCUAGCAGAGCUGAAACUGCUGACUACUCAGAUAGGCGAGAUUGCCAUGGCUGCAGCUGCAUUCAAUGACGUCGCUGCUUGGAUCUUGCUUGCUCUCGCCGUUGCUCUUGCCGGUGAUGGCGCUGGUGGUGAACAAAAGAGUCCAUUAGUAUCGAUCUGGGUACUUGUUUCUGGUGUUGCCUUCGUUGUUUUUAUGUUAGUUGUGAUUCGACCCGCCAUGAAAUGGAUCGCCGGCAGGUGCUCCCCAGAACAUGACGUUGUCGAUGAAGCUUAUAUAUGCUUGACCUUAGCUGGAGUAAUGGUAUCAGGGUUCAUGACUGACAUUAUAGGAAUCCAUUCAAUUUUCGGAGCAUUUGUUUUCGGAUUAACGAUUUCGAAAGAAGGAGACUUCGCGGACAGAUUGACAGAGAGGAUUGAAGAUUUCGUGUCAUGUUUGCUUCUUCCGCUUUACUUUGCAUCGAGUGGAUUGAAGACCAACGUGGCUUCGAUUCGCGGCGGAAGGGCGUGGGGGCUUCUGGCUCUGGUUAUAACGACGGCGUGUGCUGGGAAGAUUAUAGGAACGUUUGCGGUGGCGAUGAUGUUUAUGAUUCCGGCGAGGGAGUCGCUGACGCUUGGUUUCUUGAUGAAUACCAAGGGAUUGGUGGAACUUAUUGUUCUCAACAUUGGCAAGGAGAAGAAGGUGCUAAAUGAUGAGGCAUUUGCAAUUCUGGUGUUAAUGGCACUAUUCACCACCUUCAUCACAACUCCAACAGUCAUGGCCAUCUAUAAACCAGCUCGUGGUGGCGCCUCCACUCGCAUCCACCGUAAGCUCCGCGACUUAUCCACUACCAAUGACGAGCUUCGCAUUCUUGCAUGUCUUCAUGGUCCAGGAAACGUACCCUCACUCGUCAACCUCAUCGAAUCAACCAGAAGCACCAACAAAUCCCGACUCAAACUCUUCGUCAUGCACCUCGUCCAACUCACUGAACGAUCCUCAUCCAUCAUCAUGGUUCAACGCUUGAGGAAAAAUGGGUUACCCUUCAUCAAUCGUCUCCGCCGUGGUGGGUGGCAUGAUCGAGUUGCAGGAGCAUUCCAGACCUAUAGUCAAUUGGGUCGGGUUUCUGUCCGACCCACAACUGUAAUCUCCCCUUUAUCAACCAUGCAUGAGGAUAUUUGCCACGUAGCCGAGACCAAAAGGGUCACCAUGAUUGUUUUGCCUUUCCAUAAACAGUGGAGAGGGGAGGGAGAUAAGUCAAUGGAGAAUGUGGGUCAUGGAUGGAGAGGGGUUAAUCAGAGGGUACUAAAGCAAGCGCCUUGUACGGUGGCCCUUUUUGUGGACCGUGGAUUUGGAAAUGUAGCUCAAACUCCAGGACCUAGCACAGUUGUAGCUCAAAAGAUAUGUGUGAUAUUCUUUGGUGGGCCAGAUGAUCGUGAGGUGUUGGAGUUGGGUGGCAGAAUGGCUGAACACCCAACCACUGAAGUUAGUGUUGUGAGGUUUGUGGAAAAAGAAGGGUUGCAGAGUAAACCCGUUUUCUUACGACUCUCUUCUCCAUCCGAGAUUACUGAAGCUGAACAGAGUUACUGCUUCUCCACUGCAAAAAUGAACCAUAAGAAGGAGAAGGAAUUAGAUGAAAAAGCAUUAGCAGAAUUUCGAAGCAAAUGUGAUGGAAUGGUAGUGUACAUAGAGAAGGUAACUGGCAACAUCGUAGAAGGUGUAUUAGCGAUAGGAAGAAGCAGAGAUUAUGACCUUAUUAUUGUUGGAAAAGGUCGGUUUCCAUCGACUAUGGUGGCGGAACUGGCGGACCGCCAGGCCGAGCACGCGGAGUUGGGGCCAAUUGGAGACAUUUUGGCGUCAUCAAGGCAUGAUGUUGUGCCUUCUGUGCUUGUAAUUCAACAACAUGAUUUAGAUCGUGUAGAGGAGGCUCCAGUGUCAAAGGUACUACACACUCGGUAUGAGAAGUUCAAAGCUGAGGAUAAGUCAUUGGGGUUGGGAGAGAUUUCAAAUGUUGUGUGAGCAAAGUUACAUCUUAAUUCUAUGUUUCAAAUUGACACCUUUCAGUGUGCAAAGUUUAAGAUUUGGAAAUUGUAAUGAGGAAUACUGUAUUAUAUUUGAAAUAUGCUUUUCGGUCCAUAAGAAGUUGAGGAAUUAUUGAGCUCUCAA